UUUUUUUUUUUUGCUGUUGUUGUUGUUUGAUUGUAUUAUUAUUAUUAUUAUUAAUAGGAUGAAAUUUGAACAAGAAUUACAAGAGAAUAUAUAUGAACCUUGGAGAUUAGAAUAUGUAGCUUAUAAUGAUAUUAAACAAGAUAUAAAGAAAAGACAAGAAGAACACAAAUGGAACAACAAUGAUGAAAAAGACUUUGCAGCAGCUUUACGUUUAGAAGUGGAUAAAGUAGACAUAUUUAUUAAUCGAAAACAGAAAGAGAUUGAAUCUCGUAUAGCUUACUGUGAAAGAACAUUAAGAAGUCAACAAAAUAAAGAUAUACCUUUUCCUGUUCCUCAAAACCUGUAUGAUACAACUGAUGAUACCUUAAUUGAAAUUCUCAUGGACUUGAACGACCUUUCUAAAUUUACUCGUUAUAAUUUUUUGGCUUUGCAAAAAUUAGUUAAAAAGCACGAUGAAUACACAAAAUAUAAUGCUCAGCCUCUAUUUCUUGAUAUGAUUCGCUCAAAAUCAUUUGAUAGACAGCGUUUUGAUGUCUUGCUUGUCAAAAUUUCUGCUUUACACGAUCUCUGUAUGCUACAUGGCAAACGACGUACAGCUUCUAUACCUGCUAGUUUAAACCAGAAUAAUGAAUUCGAGUGUCCUACUACGGCUCGAUACUGGGUUCAUCCUGAUAAUAUUACAGAAUUAAAAGCCAUUCUUUUGUUCCAUUUACCUGUACUUAUUCCAGAUACAAAUAAGCCUGUUGAACCAGAGGAUAGUGCUGUUUCAAGUCUUUAUUUCGAUAACUCUAAUUUUGAUCUUUAUCAGGAACGACUUCAAAGAGAUGAAGGUGCAGAAGAAAUUCGAUUUCGUUGGUAUGGUAAAAUGGAUACAAGAUCUAUCUUUAUUGAACGCAAGACACAUCAUGCGUCUUGGUUAAACGGUGCAUCCGUGAAGGACAGAGUCUGUCUCGAUGUAGAUAAAGUCAAUCAUUUUAUCUCGGGUACCUAUACAGCUCAACAAUAUGCACAAGAUUUAAGAACAAAGGGUCUCUCAGAGGAAGAGAUAAAGGCAAAUUACUUUAUUGCGUCAGGGAUUCAAAAAUCAAUUAUCGAAAGAGAACUUCAUCCUGUAAUGCGUGUCUUUUAUAAUCGUACUACCUUUCAAAUACCAGGUGACGAACGUAUUUGUGUUUCCUUGGAUACAGAGUUGACCUUUGUACGAGAAGAUGGUUUACAGGAACGAAGGAAAGGUCUUUGGCGUCGACCCGACAUGGGAAUAGAUUAUCCCUUUCAUCAUUUGAAUUCAGCUGAUGUAUCUAGAUUCCCAUUUGCUGUACUCGAAGUCAAAUUAUCAGGCACUCAGCGCGGCCAAGAGGCCCCUCAAUGGCUUACUCGACUGUUAGGCUCUCAAUUAAUGUACGAGAUACCUCGUUUUUCAAAGUAUCUGCAAGGGACCUCCCUUUUCUGGAGACCCCAUUUACCUUUAUUGCCCUGGUGGUUAGACCAAUUGGACCUGGAUAUUCGUCAUGCAAAACAACCCACCGGCCAUUUCUCGGGCCUCUCUAGAUCCAAGAGUCUAAAGCCUUUAAUUGAUGGUAAAUAUCGUAUAGGUUACUUGGAAUCACAACUGGAACGAUCUUCAGUUUUGAAACGUUUAGAAAGACCCAAGAGGGAUGGAUCCCUUACGCGUAUGCUCUCUACUCGUUCUAUGCGUUCUACUAAAAUGCCUCGUGGCACUGAAUUGGAUACCACCUCGGCCUCUGCCUUUGCUGAUGGCACCCACUUGAAACGAUCCUCUACGACUGGAAAUGCCCGUAAUUACUUUUUAUCUCCCUUUGAUAGUAACCGAAGUUCACCUGUAUCAGUAAUCGAUAUCAAUAAGAAUGGGAACCCCUUCGCCGAUCCUAUCUGGUCAAACUCGGGUAGCUCCCCAAAUAGUUCAAUCACUUUUAAUUCGACUGAUAUACAUAUGAAUGGUGGAGUCAUAACUCGUAAUCGAACAAAUCUCUCAGACGGUCGUCGUACAACUGAGUUUAAUGAUACGUCAUCUAUAGAGCUUUUAAUAGGCGAUAAAGACACAUCCUCCUACACGACUGAUAAAAAAAAUCAUAAAGAUAAGAUGGGUGAAGAAGUCCGUUUCAAUGUUUAUUUUAGUGAAGACGUUCGAGCCCUUGAAGAAGGUGCAGAAGAAGGCGAGAAGAAGAAGAAGAAGAAGAAGAAGGGGAAGGAAGGUGGAGAUGGAGGUGGAUCUCGUAUAGAACCCAAGAUCUUCUUUGCUAAUGAACGUACCUUUAUCCAUUGGUUACAUUUUGCAACCAUUAUUUUAACUGUAGCCUUAACUUUGUUGAAUUUCGGUGAUGGUAUCAAUAGGAUUGUAGGUGCUGUAUUCUUUGGGAUUGCCUUUCUUUUUUCAAUUUAUGGCUUUGGAUUCUAUAGAUGGCGUGGUCAUCGUAUCUCUACUAAGCCUCAUUUACGUUAUGAUGACUCUAUUGGCCCCAUAUUUCUAUGUAUUUUAUUAGUGGGUUCCUUGGUUCUUAAUUUUGCUUUGAGAUUCAACAGUGCAGAACAAAAUAAUAAUUAUUUAGGUUUAAAUAACACAGCAACAGCAACAACUGAUACAGCAACAGCAACAGCAACAACAGCAACAAAUAUGGUAACAGCAACAGCUAUGACAACAGCAACAGACAUAGUAACAGAAAUGGGUACAACAACAGACAUAGCAACAGCAUUAGAUACAGAAACAAAUACAGAUACAGAUAUCGAUGCAGAUAUAGAUGCAGAUAUAGAUGCAGACAUAGAUACAAAUGAUUUAUUAUAAGUUUAUCAUACCCCUCUUUUUUGUUUUUAAUAUGUAUAUAUAUUUAUUUGUUAAAAUAAAAAAAAUAUUUACAUGCUACCUCAGCUUUU